UCACAGCGGUAUCACUGAGGAAGAAAGAACAGAAGGCGACAGGAGUGAAGAAAGGAAUCUGCCUGCUGGACAACAACAACAAUAUUGACAGCACAUUCAAAUAUGCGAUGUUACAUGUGGAUAUGGCCAUGUGGGAACACUAACCCUAUAAAGGCAGAAGUUGAGGAGACACUAAAGAGAAUUCAAACUCACAAAGGUGUAAUUGGAACAAUAGUUGUUAAUGCCGAGGGUAUCCCAAUCAGAACUACCUUAGACAACUCCACUACGGUGCAGUAUGCUGGUCUGCUGCACCAGCUCACUAUGAAAGCCAGGAGCACAGUCCGAGACCUCGACCCUCAGAACGACCUGACCUUCCUCCGCAUCCGCUCCAAAAAGCAUGAGAUCAUGGUGGCACCUGACAAGGAGUAUCUAUUGAUAGUCAUCCAGAACCCCAGUGAAUAGCCCCAGGAUGUUCCUGUGAGAGUCAGGCUGUAGCUCCUCACACACUGAUCUUUCUCAAGAAUAUAUGUUUUGUUUAGCUGAACCACACUUUUUGCUUUCUUUCUAUUUUCUUUUUUGUCUAAUUUUGAAACUCUGCAAUAUGAUGCCUUACUCUAUAUACUAAUUAUCUUCCUUAGCUAGCCAUUGUCGUCAAUUCAAAACAAUAAACAAGGAUGUCAUAACAA